CAUCCAAUCCUCUCACAUCUCACCAGUCACAAGUCUGCCGCCGGGCAUAUCUCCGGCUUUCGUCCGACGAGGGGUUCAUUACCCGUAUUUAGCUCCGUUGCUACUUAACCAUCCCUCUAUCUCACAAGCUCACAACUCCCCUAAUCACCGUCCCAUCUCAGACACACUGAACUCAAAGUCUCAAACCGCACAAACAAUCGGCUACCAGUAUUCUCGGAACUCACCAUGGCGUCCGACCUCCCAAAAACCAUGUCCGGCAUCCAGAUCUCGCAAACUGGCGGCCCGGAGGUUCUGCACUGGAAAACGGACCUGCCCGUCCCGGAACUCAAAGAAGGCGAGGUCCUCGUGCGCAACGACUUCGCCGGCGUGAAUUUCAUUGACGUCUAUUUCCGAACGGGCCUCUACCCCUCCCCGCUCCCCUUAAUCCCAGGCAAAGAAGGCGCGGGCACCAUCGUCACCGCCCACCCCUCCGUCACCUCCACCACCCACCCGGAUUUGCAACCGGGCCGAACACGGGUAGCCUACCUCGGCGACGCCAGCUACGCAUCAUACACAGCAGUCCCCGCUGCCAGCGUCGUGCCCAUUCCCGACGGCCUGUCCACCGAGAUCGCAGCUGCAAGCCUGCUGCAAGGAUUGACGGCGUUGACCUUUGUGCGUGAGGCGGCAGGCUUCUCCUCCUCCUUCCCGAACCAGGAUGAGGCCCCCUGGGUGCUGGUGCACGCCGCGGCGGGCGGCACGGGGUCGAUGCUGGUGCAGAUUCUAAGUCGAGUGGUGGGCGCGAAGGUGAUUGGCACGGCGGGCGGGCCGGAAAAGGGCGAGAUUGCAAGGUGGAAUGGGGCAAAAUGGGUGGUGGAUAGCCAGCGGGAGGAUGUUGUCAGGCGGGUUAUGGAGAUUACGGGGGGUUAUGGGGUGGAUGUGAUCUUUGACGGGGUGGGGAAGGCGACGUUUGAUGGGGAUUUGCAGAUGGUUGCGCGGAAGGGGACGGUGGUGGUUUUUGGGAAUGCGGUGAGUGAUAUCUUACUCUUUCUAAACCGAAGAGCUUUGACUGCGGUCGCAGUGAUACUGUCUUCUCUGCCCGAUGCUGAUGCUGGAAUGCAGUCUGGUCCUGUUCCUCCCGUCGACCUCCUGGCCCUGGGCGCAAAGAAUGUUAAGCUCAUGCGUCCCCGGCUCUAUGGGUAUCUUGCCACGCCUGAGGAAAACGCCCGAUAUACCAAGGAGUUGUUCGACAUGCUGGCGACAGGCAAGGUUACCAUCAGCAUGCAUGAUACGUACCCGCUCCAGGACGCAGGGCGGGCACACUCAGAUUUGGAGGGCAGGAAGACAACCGGGAAGCUGCUGCUCAAGAUCUAAAAUGAUCCGGAUUUUAGUCUCGUGGUCUAAAUAUGGAGGUGUCCGUCCUCUAGAAAAGAAUUAACCCGUCCUGAAGUUACUCCACGUAUUAUAGUGGCAUCGUCCCUUAUUCAGUUCUUAGCCUUCAGAG